AUGCAGACUUCCAACAAGCACUCAAUACGGCCUGCCCAUCGCCAACUUGCAGCAAACCAAUGCACGGGUCGUUGGGCUGUCUCGACCCAUUCGAUCCUCUGGGCGCUUUCUGCCCCCAGUGGUCUCCAGUGCACUCCACGCAUGUCGACGCGGCCGGGCGGAGCUGUCGUCAAGGAUAAGCAUCGAUGCCCUGCACUUCACCACAUCGGGCAGCCCGUCGACCGGGCGGCCCUCCCCCAGUUCCCCGGGGCAAGGCAGCCUAAGCCUAGGUCCCUAGGACUCAGGAGGCCAAGAUCACAGAGUUGCGCCGAGAGGACAUGGGAAGUCGACAGAUACUGA